AUGGACAAGUUUGCUUUCACCCAAUUGCAACCAAUUUUGUUGCAGAACAAUGACAAAGAGUCUGGCCACGCCGUCCAGGCUGGUAUUGCAACGUUUUUAACCAAUCUCCAUACACAUUUGGAGUCCGAGGACCUUGACAACCCGAGUUUGACGUUUGCGAUCGAACAGCUGGAUCUGUUCAUCGACCAUUUUACGACCACAUUCAAUGACGUCCCCGAAAUUCAUCAUUUGUCUACACGGAUAAACACGCUUAUGGCGAAGACUUACACAUUGGUGUUAUCACAGAUGUUGAAGAAUGCACACGACAAAUUCAACAUCAAACUUAUUGAUGUCACUAAUAAAAUGGUUAAUCUAUUAGCAGACGUGAAAAAGCUCUCCAUCAAGUCAACAUGGUACUCCUCGCUGAAACAUAUGGCAUUGGCUUUUCUACAGUUGGCAUUUGCGCAAUUCGGCGGAUUCCUUAAUUCAUACAAAAGUCUGAUGCUAACCACUCUCUACAAAUAUCUCACUAAAUGUCAUGACAAUUACAAUACGGCAAUCGACUCGGGAAUCUUCAAAGCGAACUAUUUCACAGAUAUGGUGCUGGCCAUAGAUAUAAUUUUGAGUAACGACAACAGCUCCAAUACUUUGGACGAUAAACUCUUGGGAAGACUCUUGAAGCUUACGAAAUAUCUCACACAGAAGAACUCAUCUAACAUAUACAUUUACCCAUUGCUCAGUGUAUCAUAUGCAUACAACAUUCUGGUCCACCUACUGAAAUCGGACAGAUAUGUAAUCUCGAUCAUAGGCAAGAAAAACACACCUUCCGUCACCAGUUACCUCGCGUCGAUUACGUCCUAUUUAAGUGAACUAAUAACUGCCCUCUCCACUCAAAAACACAAGCUUCGAAUCUCAAUAUCCAAAAACAUAGCUGACCUUCUCGUCUUUAAUGUCAUUGUUUUCGGUGUGAAUCUUGGUGAGGAGGAAAAGUGUUUUGAGUAUACUUUAAGUUAUUUGGUUGCCAAUUACACAAAAGAAUCUCAGACUGAAGAGAUCCGCAUUGGCCUAAUUGAAGCCAUAAUUCAGUUCAUGUCGAAAAUGAAUCUGUAUUACACCACGAAUAGCGUUCGCAUUGGCUACAAAAAUGGUACUAAUUACAUGAGCCUCAAAUUCCUCGACACUUUGAAUAUUAUCUAUUACCACAUUUUCGGCAAAGGCGUGGCCACUAGUCAGCUGAAAUUCUCGAAAGACGACAAGUUUUUCAGAGUUACAGAUACACUCGAUAAUCCAAUAGAGAUCCUUAACCAAAUUGAUUGUCUUUACUCCUUUUUCCUGAGAGAGGUGGACUCGGACAUUAAUAGACUCAUCAUUCUUUCCAAAAUUGUGUACGGAGGUACACCAGAAAUCAAGGCGGUGAGGUUUCCUUCUCUGAUAGAAGCGGUUCCUGCCCCAGAUCACGAAGUCGAUAAUCAGUAUUAUGUACUGUCGCUGCUCAAACUAUCUCAGUUGCUUAUUGAUCAGCUUGACGAGUACGUUCUUUCUCAGCAAGAUGGUAUCUCAGACUCUCACGACUCGUUCGCAUCACAGCUUUGCAGUACAUUGUUUGAGCUUUGCAAACAUAAGAACUUCAAGAUCAGAGUCGUUGCGGUGGACUCUAUCACGAGGCUUAUCUCCAUCAAGCCUGAACUGUCUUUCGAUAUUUUGAACGAAGCACUAUCCAUUCUCUUGGCGUCCUUUGACGAAAAUAAAGGUGACAUGAACUUCUUGUUCAACGAGAACCAUGGGCUUGCGUUCCUGAUCGCUUCUAUUCUUUCUACUUGUCCGAAGGAGCAUAUCAAUGCCGAUUUUGUUCUUCAAGUAUUUUCUAUCUCAACCAGCUUCCUGAAAAAAUUCAACUCAACCGUCAUCAUGGGUAAUCUCUUUGGAUCAGGUUCGGGAAACUAUGUCUCAAACGUCAACUACGAGAAGCAGCUUGUCAGUUGGAUCAUCCUUAUGGGCCUUUUCAAUUACGCUACUGAGAACGAUGGCAGCUCGGGGAGUAAUUUUUUCCUCUUGGAGAGUUCGCAAUUCAUCACAAUUUGGAAAAACCUUCUCACCCAUUCCAUGCCUUCCGACUUUGUUCAGACGUCAACUGUUGACGGAUUCACUAGGAUUACCAAUUUGAACGAGAUAAUGAAGCUGGUGGAAAUAAAAAACCAGUCUUUGGUGUGUCUCUUGAGCUAUAUUAACUAUUUGUCGUCAACUAAAACUUCCAUUGAAAGUUCUUCUAGAUCAAGCUUGCUGACACCCGAGAUUGCCCUGUCACUCAGCCAGAUCAUCAAUAAAAGCUUUGUGUUUAUUUCAAACCUCAAAAUGCAGAUUUCAAACUUGUCUGUGCCGCCAAUGCUUGAGAGAACCAUUAAGCUUCAUAAACUUCGUGUCUAUCAGAAUCACAUUAAGCUGCAUCCGUUUCUGCCCAAAUCCGACUCGAACUCCAAUCUUCUGCUAGAUGUUGUGGAUAACGUGUGCAGGUCGGGUAUCAAGACCAAAAAACUCAAUACUUUCAAGGUUGAUGAGCUGCGAAUCAAGUCGACCACCCUGCGGAAACAGAAACCAUCAAAUGAGAUUAAAACACUCGACGAGCUACCAUUCCAAAGUCUCUACACAGUUGAAUCGAACAGAGUCAGGAGUCAUUUAGCGCCGCUGACAGUGUUUGACACUAUUGGUAUCAGCCAAUCGUCAUUCGUGAACGACUACCUGAUGUAUCUAUAUCAGGGCUCUUCAAAUUUUGGAUACACUGACUUCUGCUUGUCCCCUCCUGACGUCGACACGAUGCUUGUGGAUAUCUCUGUGGAAAUACUGGCACUGUCGUUCGGCUUUCUCUCUAGCAAGGUGCAAGUUUCGAUCUUGGAGAACAUUCAAGACAUUUUGUUUCCCAACUCGGGACAUGCGUCCAUCAGCACUGUACAAAAUAUCUGCGUCUCUAUUCAUAGCGUUGCCAGUUAUAUGCACAAUCAUAAUGAGGCUCUCGAGCAGUCAGGUUCCUAUUCGAAGGUGGAGCUUUCUAACUCGGUAAGCAUGUUGCUAAUCGACUUGUUGAAAAGAAUUCACGCUGAUUAUUUUGAGAUUGUCGGACUCGCAGAAUUAAACUCGGAUGCGAUAGGCCUUAUUUGCUCGUUGACGGCAUCAAAGGAGAGUCUAUUGUUAGACCAGAUUGCUAUUUUCAUCAAAUCGAUUGUGCAAAAUGCAGAACCCAACUCACGCUCGUUCGACUCGCUCACGCUGUCCAAGAUCUCGGAAUACUCUAAUCUGAUGAACAUCUCAAAUAUUUUCAGCGUAUUGUUGACCUUGAUAUUGGAUCCUCACCCCCUGGUUCAUGCAUCCGCAUUGGACUCACUCACAACCGUUAUUUCGUGUCAGCGGCAGAGUGAGCUUAUUGGGCCUUUGCUGACAGAUGUAUUUGUGGCGAUGGAAAAAGUACUGAACUCUGAUGACUUUGGAUUUAGCUCACCUGUCACUGUGUCCUCGAACUUUAAUUACCAUACAGGGCAAAACUCUGUUGUGCUAUUGGCCAGACUAGUUCGUGUUGUGAUCAACAGCACAGGCCCUGCCAUCGGUCUUUGGGACAUUUCACAGAAGCAGAAACUAAAGAAUAUACUUUUUGGGCUGGUCAACCUUGAAAAGAAGGAGUUCGAGGCAAUAUCAAGAGAGUUACUCAAGGCUUUGGAGGAACUGCUGAUUUUUGACAAAUCGCUGAUUUCGAUGGAAGCAUAUAUCAGAUUUGUGAAAUUCACGAUCAUCAACAAUAUCAAAGUGGGCGUCUCCGACGGGCAUUACAUCGACAGUGAGGAGUCGAGGGAGAUAUACCCUGUCACAACGAGUGAUAUCAACUGGAAGCUCGCGCUAGAGUCUUAUAGCCAGUUAUUGAAGUUAGGAAAUACCAUUGAUUCCGAGAUGGAGCAAUUACUAUGGAUAGCGUUGGAGUAUGCUGAUAGCUCCACAGUCAAAGAGGUAUUUGGUAACCUUUUGGAGUUUUCUUCGGUUGCAGAGAAAAUGCAAUGGUUUGAGAAACUCGUGAAGCUAUUCAAUUUGAAAAAGCAAGUACUCUACGAGCCGUUGCUCUCCAUAUACAGGAAGAGAAUCAACCAUUCUGGUGCACUUUUUAAUCCUAUGAGAUUCAAGAAGCCCAUCUCUACCAAACCAAAGCCUAAGUCAAAAUCGAGCACCCCCGUUCCUGCUCCUACCUUGAAACCCGAGCAUUCAGAUUUGGAGAUGGAGGACGAAGGCGAGACGUUUGCUCAUUCUGAAGAUGAGUCGUCUGUCAAGCGUGAAGAUACUAUAGAUUCUUCACGAAAUGAGACUAAGCAACCUCUUGCGCAUGCCACGAUGAUUCAGUCGAUGGUGCUAGAAAAUGAGACCACGAAGUGGAAAUUCAAAAAGUACAUUCUUCAGCUGCUCACUGUCGUUGUUUCAGGCGCAAGAGAUGACUCUAGACUGCAGAAAUAUAUUUCUACCAAGAUAUCUGAGCUCGUUGAGAUCGCCUUCAUUUGCUCAACUUCGAGUCUGAAUCAGCUUCGAGUUUCCUCCUUAGAAUUGAUAGGGGAUAUUAUUGACAUAUAUGGCAACAUGAGCGACCCCGUGUACCCAGAGGUCUCUCUGCUUGGACAGCAGUCAGCUCAAAUCACGACGGCAAUUGUUCCAGCAUUCAGCAGAGAUUCCAACAUUGGACUCGCAUGUACUGCCGUCGUUUUGGCCUCGAAGCUGCUGAGCAGUAAUAUUGGCCAAGUGAGUCGUAUGCAUCGUAUCGUCAACGUUUUGACCACAUCCCUAGAAGAGUUCGCACACGCAAAGGGCUCUGGCAACGAGAUGUCCCACGGUGCACCUGUGAACUUGAAGAUUGGUGAAGUCUCUGUUCUUACCACCAAAUCUCAGAACAAGCUGCUGGUGUACAUUUUACAAGCCUGGUCGAGAAUCAAGGUGAAUGCUGCGGACAACUCAGAGACAAGCCAGAUGGUGGACAAGUACAUCAACAUUUUGACCCCUCUCUGGUUGUAUUCCCUGCGCGAUUUUGCGAUGAUGAAGUACGGUAGUCAGUUCUUGGUCACCAAUGCCGACGAUGUGGACAUCCAUACAUAUGAGCAGUGUUGGGUAGAUUUUGUUGAGGUCAUUGGUGUGAUUGCAAUCGAAAACCCCACGCAUCUGAACGAGCUCUUGCGCGAUGACGGAUCGAACUUUUUUUUGGUUCUUUUUGGCCAAUGCAUUGAGCAUUUGAUCAAGGUCUCAUCCAAAACAAAACAGACUAUAACAGCAUAUGAUAUCCGCGUUUUGGAUGCUUUGGCAGGAAUCUUGAAACUCAAAUCGGGGCUGCAACUGGUUUUUGAUGACUCUAUUUUUGUCGAGUUCAUUGAUCUGCUAGACAGGCUCGUUCUGAUCUCUAAACCCUCGUUCAAAAUGAAGAUACUGGAGUUGGCCUCUGGGGUGUUCGAGUCUUAUUUCAUGACCUCUUCGAGCUCCAAGAGUCCGGAAGAGCUUCAUAGUGAUGUGGACAAACUGUUUGAGCUGCUCAGAAUUAAUAUGCUGGCAAUUACUCAAAUCCUUCCAUUUAUCAGAGAUCGGGAGUUGGGAAAGACUCCGCUCAAAGAAAUUGAGAGUCAAGAUUUGAUUCUUUUGAAGAAAGCGUUUGACCUGUCGCUGAAUAUGAUUGCAUACCUUCCUGAAGUGAUCCAGCUGGACUUGCACACUUGUUUUCUCUACGCCUUCACCCUGAUUUACGAGCUGAAUAAUUCAGAUAUCAUUGCAAUACUUCUGCCAACGCUCAAAAAGAUCAUUUCCAGUAUCGCACAUAUCGACUCUAAAAACUCCAGCACAUCUCGUUUCUUCCAUUCAAUCAAAAAACAUUUGCACGUUUCCAACAAAAACUCGAUUCUCACUGUUUUCAUCGUGAUCACUACAACUGACGAGUUGCACUUAACGGAAGAAGAAGCAGGCAAGGUUUCAGACUUUAUCAUUAGUGGCUUGCUUUCCGAAGAGACUAGCUUGAAUACGAUCUCUACACAAACGAUCAAAACGCUGAUAAGAAAUAACGAGAAGACGGGUCUCAUCCUGGAAAAAUUGAUUCCUCAGUUAGUGGAUCAGGUAUACCAGUCUAAGCUGAAAGAGCCAAGACUGGUUCUCGAGAUAUUAAUCGUGUUGACUAGAUCCGUCUCGUCGGACAAAGUUGAGGGGUGCCUAAAGAUUUGCGUUCCAAUCAUUCUCUGGUUUGAUGAGUUCACUUCACAGAAGUACGAGAGUUAUCUCCACCACAAGCUUCUUGACCUCAUUCAACACUCACCAGCUCACUUCAAGACAUUUGUUGAUUCGUGUUCUGAAGAUCAAAAACAGAAACUUGAGAGGCUGGUCAAGCUAGCAACCGCUCCAGAGAUUGAAACAGAAACUGUACUAGAAGAGUUCUCACACAUUAAGCUGAAGACUUUUGGCUAA